UUAGGAAAGGCGAACAGACAGAGAGAGAGAGGGAAAAGUUUUAUCUAUCAUUCUCCGCCUCUGCACUGGACCAAAAACUUUUGGAUCGCUUGCAGAUGAAUGAGGAACAGUGAAAUGGUUUCAAACUAUUUUAGAAUGGAGUCAAUGAUGACUGCUUAAUUACUGUUCCACGAUGAAAAGCUGUGCCAUUGAAUGCUCAGGAUUAUCGUGAAAAUACAGUGGAAAUUCCUGUAGAUUUUUCUUUUUUUUUCUUGAAUUUAUUAUCCUAAGAAAUAUGUCUGUGUAUUUUUCAGUUGCAAUGCAAGACGGAUUGCUGUUAUGGCAGCGUAAUGUUUCCUAUGCUCGUUGGCGUUGAACCUCGCAAGCCGGAAGUUGUCCUGGAACAUGCUAAGGAUUUCUUGGAGCAGUACUUUACAUCGAUUCGCCGGCUCAAGUCCCCGGCUCACGAGGCUCGUUGGCAACAGGUGCAGCACGAUGUGGAGACAACUGGGCAGUAUCAAUUGACGGAAACUGAAUUAAUUUUUGGCGCCAAAAUGGCCUGGAGGAAUGCAAAUCGCUGCAUUGGACGCAUUCAGUGGUCGAAAUUGCAGGUGUUCGACUGUCGAUUUGUGACGACAACUAGUGGCAUGUUCGAAGCAAUAUGCAAUCACAUCAAAUAUGCAACAAAUAAGGGCAAUAUUCGUUCGGCGAUUACGAUUUUCCCCCAGAGAACUGACGGAAAACACGAUUAUCGGGUGUGGAAUCCUCAACUUGUGUCCUAUGCUGGAUAUCGCGAGCCUGACGGUCGUGUCAUCGGUGAUCCGGCCAAUUUGGAGUUCACUGAGUUCUGCCUGAAAUUGGGCUGGAAAGGACCGCGCGGCGAGUGGGACAUUUUGCCGAUGGUGCUGUCUGCCAAUGGACACGACCCCGAAUACUUUGAAUAUCCACCAGAUCUAAUCCUCCAAGUGCCCAUUACACAUCCCACUUACGAAUGGUUUGCCGACUUUGGACUGCGAUGGUACGCUCUUCCGGCCGUGUCCGGCAUGCUAUUCGACUGUGGUGGCAUUCAAUUUACGGGCUCGCCGUUUAGUGGUUGGUACAUGUCCACAGAAAUUGGCUGUCGCAAUUUGUGUGACUCAUAUCGGCGCAAUAUGUUGGAGCCCAUCGCCCUCAAAAUGGGCCUCAACACACGCAAUCCCGCCUCGCUGUGGAAGGACAAGGCUCUGGUGGAGGUGAAUAUUGCAGUCCUGCACUCCUUCCAGUCCAACAACGUCACCAUCGUGGACCACCACACGGCCAGUGAGAGCUUCAUGAAGCAUCUGGAGAAUGAGAAUCGCCUGAGGAACGGAUGCCCGUCGGAUUGGGUGUGGGUCGUGCCGCCCAUGUCCGCCUCCACCACGGAGGUGUACCACCAAGAGAUGGCCAACUACCUCAUGAAGCCCUCCUUCGACUACCAGGAGUCGCCGAUCAAGACUCACAUUUGGAAGAAGGGUCGCGAUCAGUCGAAGACCAAGAAGCCCAAGAGGAAGUUCCACUUUAAGCAGAUUGCCAGGGCUGUGAAAUUUACAUCGAAACUCUUCGGACGAGCUCUGUCGCGUCGAAUUAAGGCAACUGUGCUAUUCGCCACGGAAACGGGAAAGUCAGAAGCUUACGCCAAAAAAUUGACCGAACUCUUCGCACAUGCAUUCAAUGCUGAGGUUUACAAUAUGUCCGAGUACGAUGUGUCAUCAAUAGAGCAUGAAGCGCUAAUUUUGGUUGUUGCUUCCACGUUUGGCAAUGGAGAUCCACCGGAAAAUGGUGAGUCCUUCGCUCAUGAUUUAUAUGCAAUGAAAUUGCAAGAAUCUCAGCAAUACGGUGUUGAAGAUGCAAAAUUCGCCUCGUCCAAGUCAUUCAUCAAGGCGAACUCGCGCAAGGACAACAUUGCCGAUGGCAAGAUGGACAGGUUGGACUCCGUGAGAGGUGGAUCCGCGCCAGCGCCCGAAAAUCUCAGCAACGAGGCUUUCGGACCGCUGUCCAAUGUCCACUUUGCCGUAUUCGGUCUGGGCUCGACGGCCUAUCCCAACUUCUGCGCCUUCGCCAAGUACGUGGACAAUUUGCUGGGCGAGUUGGGCGGCGAGCGCAUCAUGGAGAUGAGCACAGGUGAUGAAAUCAGUGGUCAAGAGCAGGAGUUCAACAAAUGGGCGCCGGAAAUCUUUAGAGUCGCGUGCGAGACUUUCUGCCUGGACUCAGACGAAACCACGUCGUCGUGGCAGGCCGGCAAGGAGACCAUCACGGAGAGCACAGUGCGCUUCACACAGGCCAAGAGCAUUCCCGCAAUGGACAAUGCCAUGGGCACUUUCCACCAUCGCAAGAUAGUCAUUGGCAAUCUGAAGAAGGAUCCCACGAAUCUCCAGUCGGGCGUUUCGGAACACUCAGAACGCAUGACAAUCCUCGUGGAGAUUGAUGCAAAAGGGAUUAAUUAUGAACCUGGUGAUCACGUGGGAAUCGUUCCUGAGAAUAGACAAGACAUCGUCAAUGGGAUUAUUGAGCGACUGGCGGGAGUUGAGAAUCCUGAUGCACCUCUUCAGCUUGAGGUGCUCAAGGAGAGUCACACGCCAAACGGAAUUGAACAAUCAUGGGUUCCCCAUGACAAAAUCCCGGCCUGUUCGCUGCGAACUCUUCUCACUCGCUAUCUGGACAUCACCACUCCGCCCUCCCGGCAAAUCCUCACACUUCUCUCCACAUACUGCAAGAGUGCCGAGGACGAGAAGAAGCUGAAUGACUUGGCUAACGACUCGGCUGCCUAUGAAGACUGGCGUUACUAUCGCAUCCCACAUCUGCUGGAAGUGCUCCAGGAAUUCCCCUCGUGCAAGCCAACGGCCGCUGUUCUUGUGGGACAUCUCAUGCCGCUGCAGCCGCGCUUCUACUCGAUAUCCUCCUCGCUGAGAAAGCACAACAAUGAGGUGCACUUGACAGUGGCGAUCGUCAAGUAUUGCACGCAAGACGGCAAAGGUCCUGAGCACUAUGGCGUCUGCUCAAACUAUCUGAAUGAGCUCAAGGCCGGCCAAGACGUGUACUUCUUCGUGCGAAGUGCACCGAGCUUCCACAUUCCCAAAGAUGUGACCAAGCCCAUCAUACUGAUUGGCCCCGGCACGGGAAUUGCGCCCUUCAGAUCCUUCUGGCAAGAGUGGGAAGUGCAGCAGAAGGAAGGCAAAGCACCGUCAAAAGUGUGGCUCCUCUUCGGAUGUCGCAACAACAAUCUGGAUCUCUAUCGAGAGGAGAAGAAGGCGCUGAAGGAGAAGAAAGUGCUCGAUCAGGUCUUCCUGGCGCUGUCACGGGAGAAGAAUGUCCCCAAAACUUACGUGCAGGACAUCGCUCUGCAGGAAGCUGACUCCAUCUACCAGCUGAUCGUCGUGGAGCAAGGACAUGUGUACGUCUGCGGUGACGUCACGAUGGCAGAACAUGUCUACCAGACGCUCAGGAAAAUCAUCGCCAAUAAGGAAUCAAUUCCAGAGAGUGAAGCUGAGAAGUUCAUGCUGCAAUUGAGGGACGAGAGUCGUUACCAUGAGGACAUCUUCGGUAUCACACUCAGGACAGCGGAAGUGCACAAUAAAUCACGAGAAUCUGCUCGAAUCCGCAUGGCGUCACAGCCCUAAAUGACAGGCACUUGCGGAGCAUUUUAGCACAUUUUCCGUGGUUAUUUACCUUAUAAUUACCACCACUGAAUAACUUCACAUUAUGGUAGUUAAAUUGAAUUCUAUAGAGACCAGUCGUGAAUAAGGUACUUAAUAUCAAACAUAAACUCUAUCAUUACUCAUAUUCCUAACAUUUUAAAGCGUAAGCACAUCGAAAAUUGAGAGUAAUUAAGGUUGAAAGGAAUUAUGCAUAUUCAAAUUGUCAGAUUUUAUCAAGAUAUUAUUUUAAUAACUAUAUGUAAUCUUCACUGAGGUAUUUUAUUGCAUACACUUUGGGCAAAAUGGGGUGGAGGAUGAUAAAGUGGAGGGUGAGAUUGUUUGUGAAGUGUAAGAAACUCAGGAUUUUGCGUUUGGAAGACAACAAAAUAUGAAGCGCGCUAUCGACAAAACAAAAAAGACAUGUUAUUGUUUAUUCACAGUGAAAAGUUAUGAGAAUUGCUUCUCAAAUGACGAGGAAAACCCUUUCACGAAUAAUGUUUGGGAAAGUGUCCUGAAAUUAACGCAUAGUUUAUCACUCUCUCUCUCUUCAUCUUACCUUAAAUUCAAUUUAAAUUCUUCAAGGUCCAAUUUAGUUUGACCUGAAGGAACACUUU